AUGUCCGAACAGAAGGAUAUUUCCAUGGUGGACGUUUCCGACGCCCUCGAUAGCAUAUCCAGAGAUACUGAAGAGAACAAUCACGAGAAUCCGGCGCCUCCUGUGCGUAGAAAGUCCACGUUGAUUUUCACCGAUGAGAACGAUGUAGACAAAAUGAACGUAGAGCAAUCCCAGGCUCACGCUUCCACUACUGAACACCAGUCUCCACAGAGCCAACAUUCUCAAGCUGAAGCGCUGCAGCAACUGCAGCAGCUGCUGCAACCACAACAACAAUCGCAAUCGCAAUCGCAAUCUGAUCCUGACCCUAAUGUCACUGUUCCUGUUGAUAUCAAAUGGGUCCAAGGAGGAGAGAAGGUGUACGUCACCGGAUCUUUUACCGGAUGGAGAAAAAUGAUUGGCUUGCAAAAGCAACAAGAUGGAACCAUGUUGGUGACGCUCGGAUUGCCAGUUGGAACACAUCGAUUCCGGUUCGUUGUGGAUAACGAGUUGAGAUUCUCAGACUUCUUGCCAACAGCAACAGACCAAAUGGGCAAUUUCGUCAACUACAUAGAAGUGACCCCUGAGCAUAUACGUCUGCACUUGAAGAGGCAGCAGGAAUUAGAUGAGGAGCGUCACGAGCAAGAAGAACAAGAGAAGCAGAAAUCACAGCCGCGGGGCCGGUCUAUGUCGUUGAACAAGGGCCGAAACAAUUCUAUGUUUGGCCUCAUCAACGACGACGAUGACAUGGGCAAUGGAUACUCGAGAUACCAUGAUGAGGAUGGAGAUCAGAGCUUCAACAACAAGAGAUUCAACUAUAUCAACGAUAUUCCUCCCAUUUUCGUUGACCCUAAAGUGAUGGAACAAUACUACCUUGCUAUUGAUGAGCAGGCCAAGUCAAAGAAUGGUCAGCAGCAGGCAUGGUUGCAUCCACCACAAUUACCUCCUCACUUGGAGAACGUCAUCUUGAACAACUUCAACUCACAAGACAGAGACAACAAUUCGGGAGCUUUGCCCAUUCCAAACCAUGUGGUGCUCAACCACUUGGCUACCACUAGCAUCAAGCAUAAUACGUUAGCGGUGGCAUCGGUUGUGAGAUACAAGAGAAAGUAUGUAACUCAGGUGUUGUAUGCUCCAUUGCAACAAUAA